CCUUCCCUCCCCAGUCCCCUCUUGUCUCUUUGUCUCUCCCUCCUGGGACUGUCUCCCCUGCAUCCGUGUGCUGGUGGGUCUCUCCCCGGUAUCUGUCUCACCUCCCCCUGUCUCUCCCUCCCACAGCUCUCACUCUAUCUCUCCAUCUCUCUCUCAUCCCCGCCUCCUCCUCCCCCCAUCCCUCUCUCCCCUCUCUCUCUGCCUCAUCCCUCCUUUCUCUGCCGCAAUGGUACAUGUUUUGGUGGCUGGGAGUCUCUUCUUCCCGGGUCUCUUUCUCCUCUCCAAGGCCGGACUGCGGCGACUGCGCAUCUUCCGAGGGGACGAAUCCAACACCAUCAUAGUGUCCGCAAGACUCGUCUCCUCCAUACAAGCCGUAUUGGCCUCUUACACCGAUUACCAUAUCUAUUAUACCCAUACUAUUUACCCCUGUUUCUCCCCCAGGCACUGGCUCGCUGCCACCUACACCCGCUUUGCCGUGCCCUAUUUCAUCUAUGACAUCUACGCCAUGUAUCUGUGCUACGGGCACAAGCACAGGCUGAAGGGCCACAGCGGCGGCUGGCACCUUGCCCGGGCAUACCUGCACAAGGAGUUCCUCAUGGUCCUGCACCACGUCUUCAUGGUGGCUGUCUGCUUCCCCGUGUCCGUGCUCUGGAGAGAGGGGAGAGGCGACUUCUUUUUGGGGUGCAUGCUGAUGGCCGAGGUCAGCACCCCGUUUGUAUGCUUGGGCAAGAUCCUUAUUCAGUACAAGAAGCAGCACACCCUCCUGCAUCGCGUCAACGGGGUCCUAAUGCUGGUGUCGUUCUUCUGCUGCCGCCUCCUGCUCUUCCCCUACAUGUACUGGGUAUACGGGCAGCGCGUGGGGCUCCCCCUCUACAGAGUCCCCUUCAACCUCUCCCCGGAGUACAACCUCGGAGCCGCAAUCCUCAUGGCCCCCCAGGUCUACUGGUUUUACCUGAUCUGCCGAAGAGCUUACACUCUAUUCCGGCAAUCCGUGCUGAGCCAGCGGCCCAAGAAUGGACAGCCUGCCCCCGGCAGCACUUCAGCCAAAGAACCCGACUGCUCCCAGUGACUCUGCCCCUCUCUGCCCUCAAACUGCUGGAUCUAGUUGCCCCCUUCCCCCUCCCCCCCCCAAAAGGCAAAGCUGAAGCAGCAUUAGAAGACUGUGCCUUGAACUGGAGGCAAUAAGGGACUUUGUGGGGGAGGCAGAACCGCGUGUCUCCAGGUGGGGAGGAGUUUCAGUGUUUGUCUCACCCACCAGGGGGCAGUAUUACCCGUGUCGCUGAGAGCCCCCUGCAAUGCACUUAGUGACCACCGGGGGCUGCUCCCUUCUAUUGUGCUACCCGGUGCCUAAUGCACUACCCUCACUGACCACAAGGUGCCCCCCCAUUCAUAAAGGGACCUCACCCUGCCCACACCCAGUGACUGUGGGGUAUUUGCCCCCCUCUCUGUGUGGGUGGGGGCAACCGAGGCCCCUUCGCUUUUCCUCCCUUUAGAUUUGGGGGCAGCAGCAGCAUGUUAGGGGGUCAGUAUUACUGCCCCCACCUGUAACCUGUAAGGGAAUGGCUGACGCUCAUAGCUGCACACUAAAGGGUUAAGCAUGGCCAGAUCCUAGCCAAUCAGCAGGCUGCGUUGCUGCAUUCGCCCUGUUCCACUGAGCUUCUAAAUCCCUCAUAAUCUCAUUGGGUGACACGUGCAGGGGUGGCUGAUGGGAAAUUCCGGCUUAUGGGACCCCCCCGGGACGUGCCAGGAUGGUCCAACCCGCCGGCGCCAUAAUUAAUCCUCGUUAGUUUAAUCAGCAUGAAAUAACACUUGGAAUUAACUGCCCCAGGGUUGGGGAAAUGUUCCAAAAUAUUUAUUUAUUUAACUCCAUUGUCCCCUCCCCCUUCCCCCAAACCCCUCCCCCUUCCUUUAUUUAUUUAUUUAUUUGUUUAUUUAUUUUAGACUUUUUUUAAUGAAUGUAAAUAGGUUUCAGCAGAACAAAGUCAGAACCGACCCGCAAUUUCUUAACUGUACAGAGUAUUAAACUUAUUCAACUGGAACCGAAUUAACUCCUUCAGCAA